AUGUUCUUUCUGCAUGCAAGAAGAAUCCAGUAUGGAUCACUCACCAUACCAAGUGCAACAGAAUUAUACCAGUCCGGAGUUAAAUUUGAGAAUGUCAAUGACAAAAACAUAUUUGACAUAAAAUUUGAGAAUGGGGUCCUGAAAAUUCCAUACUUGAGAAUCCGAGGGUCAACAGAAAUUUUCUUUCGGAAUCUCAUUGCCUACGAGCAGUGUGAGUUCCAUGAUCACUACAUCAACGAUUAUGUGUUCAUCAUUGACCGCCUGGUUGACAGUUCCAAGGAUGUGGACUUGCUUGUUAAGAGUGGAAUCCUUGAAUCCAAGCUACCGGAUAGUGAAGCAGCGGCAAGUUAUAUCAACUCCCUUGAUUUGGGGCCUAAUCUGUUCAGUAGAAACUCCUAUUUUACUGAUCUGUGUGAGGAUCUGAAUGCAUACUAUAGAGUCCCCUGGCACAAGUGGAAGGCAAGCUUGAAAAAGGACAAUUUUAGUACUCCAUGGGCAGGACUGUCUAUUGUUGUAGCGGCUAUUCUCGUUGUGCUCACUUUUAUUCAAACAGUGCUCUAUAAUGUCUUUGUAGAUUGUAUUUUUGAUUAA